AUGGUCACAGCAUUUCCAUCAUCUACCAGCUCCUCCAACGGCGGGCCACUGAACGUAUCGUCAUUGGCCUACAGCAAGCGAACAAGUAGCUUUCUCGAUGGUCCUGUCGAUCACAACAACAACAACAACAACAACUGUACCUACUCUUACUUUACCUUACCUGCACUGCAUUGGAAAGAAAGUUCGCCCAUUUUAUCACGUCAUCGAAUCAAAAACCCUCACUCAGGUCCCAAGACAUGA